CUAUAUCUGGCUUCAUUUGGCUGUAAAUCUAUCAUACUUUGAGUGACUGCCAUCGUGCUUUGUGAGGUCCACAGGAGAAAGACGAACGCAAGCACGCAAGACAACCAAUUGCGGGGCGAACGCAAAAACACCCCUCCGCUCAGUUCCGAUCAUAUCUCGGUGCCAGGCAUUCCAUUGGUUGUUGGUUCGCAUUCGGCGGGUGCAUUGUACGCAAWAGAUCGCAUGCCACAAUAGGACACCACUGAUWAAAAAAAACAAUGUGAGUAAGCAAARCAAGCGUGCGAUGUAUGAAUGSCGACAACCGUGUUCAAUGUUUCGCAACAUCCAAACCGGUGGCAAGAAUCCCCUAGAUUGUCUUUUUCAAAGUGAAAUCACSAAUUGUGCUAUUAGGCUUUAAAAAGUGCUGCGUUUGGCUCAUGAAAAUACAUCUACACCACUUAACCUCUCCCGAUGACCCGAUKUUCGAAACCCGAAUUGAAUCAYACCACAUUCGCUCCAAACUCCACGAUUUGCACCGAUUUUGGCAGGAAAUCGGUCAAGGGCCUGUUCCAGCGGUCGUCGAGGGACGAGGACGACCCAGGGAGCCUCGAGAGCAUCGAGCGGGCGUCGGAAAAAUCGUCUCGGAAAAAGCAGCGGCCUCCGAGUCUCCGGGACAUUCCCCGGCUGACCCGUGAAUUGACGAUGCAGAACUCGAAAUCGACGUCCCUCCGAGAGGCCCAGGAAAAGGCCAUCCAGGCGGCGAAGACGCUGUACGAGCUCUGCGACGUGGGGCACAAGGCCAACCGCGAGCCGAUGGUGGCGAGCGGCCAGUACGACGUCAUCGGGCCCCUGACGCAGUGCCUGUUGCACGAGCCCAUUUAUUUUCACGAGGCAUACAACGGUAACAGCAUCACGAGCGCUUCGGCAUCGGCAUCGGCAUCGAAUGUGUCGGUGGAUCCACUGUCUUUGUCCGAGGAAACAGGAGGAACAUCUGCAGCUCCGGAAGUUUCGGCCGAAGUACCGCAGCAGCCCGAAAUCAAAGACGAUGCCGCUGACGGUGAGAGCGUAGAGACCGACGCAGCCGACAACAAAACCACAGGUGGUGAUYCGGAAGGAGAGAAUAAUCACAUAGAUUCGACGCAGGACGAAGUUUCAAAGCCCAUUACUCCGACCGGCGACGAACAGACAGCGGCACCGAUCCCAMCGGCAGCGCCCGCUGAUGCAGAAGAUCGUCUUUCGUCACCCAACCCACAAUCCUGCUCCGACUCCAUUUCCACUGUGAACCAGAAGCAGCAGAAACGGAAAAAACAACCGCGGGUCGACCAUAAGCUGCACUUCGUCUGCCUCACGCUCAACAAUCUAUCCAUCCCACACGACAACAAGCGCGUCAUGGUCAUGGAGAGGGGUGCGAAACGUCUGAUCGAAAACCUCUGCAAGGUGAUCGCCUYGGGAAAAAARGAGGCUCACCUCUGCUGCAUCGUGCUCAUGAACCUCUCCUUCUACGAACCGGCGCUUGCCGUCAUCGGCCAGUUCUCACCCCCGAGGCGCCUGAACAUAGCCCAGGCGCCGCCCAAACCGGAACCGGUCUCACCAGCGGCAAGCAAUGCAGAAGGCAACGGCCAGARCAACAACAGCGGCAGUGGUCCGAACAAGGCCGCCAAGGCCGGGAAGAAGGCCCUCGCCACCACUACCACCGUUCUGAAGCGGGCCGCAGCCGCCGUGAGCAGCAAGCCACAGAAGCUGACGCCCCUCGAAAACCCUAGAUCUCUCCUCCGGAUCCUUCAGGACCUUGUCUGYAGUGCCGAGCGGGAGACGUCUGAUUUUCGCUGGGCUUUUGGGCUGCUUGCCAACCUCUCUCGGUAUCCGGAAAACGCCCUGUUGAUUGGGCUGACGGGAAUUCCUCGGGUCGCAGUGGACAACCUCAGGAAGGCCAAGACCCCCAGCAGCCAGUGGGCGACGAAUUCCCUCGAGGACUUYUCCCUGUAUUUUUUGCUGCACCUUGCCGAAGUCUGCCCUCCUUCCUCGCUCAAGGGGGCCCUCGAGGUUGCCACGAAGAUCAUGAACAACUCCGACGAUCACUAUAUACGAAGCUAUACCGAUGGUAGCGUCCAGGAAGAAAGCAAAGAUGCUUCCGAUGGCAACAACAAUCGAAACCACAACGGAAAUCACGAGCUCGCACAYGGAAGCAAUCACAGAAGCGGGAUCCAGAACCUCAAGGCCACCAUGAUCUGUGCCUUUUUGGGGUUGGACUGGAAGGAGUUUCCGGACCACGGGGUAAUUGCGGCCGGGGCCGUCUCGGAGCUCAUGGCCAACACGUUCGAGCGGGUCGGAAAAAAGGCUACCUAUACCGACAGCGACUUUUUGCUGCGGACCGCGGUCAGCGCCUACGCGGCCCUAGCAAAGGCCGCGGCGAAAGCGGACUACAGCGAGGCGGCCUCGAACCUGCAAACAUCCGAGUCAAAAAUCAACAAGAACACCCUUACCCCGGCAACCGCUGCCGCGGCGGCAAAGGAUCCGGCACCGGCAAAGGCCAAUGGAUCCUCUCCGUCGUCGUCGUCUUCCGGAUCGUCCUGCGUCCACACAAAGGUCAUGGCUCUGCCCACUUCCGUUUGCCUCCUGUUCAAGAUCAUCAACGCGAUCGCCCUCCACUGGGGGGAAGACAACAACAAGAACAGCGGUGGCAGCAGUCACGGGAGCAGUCACGGCACGGGAGGCGGUGAAUUGCCAUCGUCCUACUCCGAAACCUAUCACUGGGACAUCAAGGCGGGUGACCUAGCCGUCGCGGCGGUCAUGUCGCUCCUUCCUGCUCUGYUGGAGGGGACGGGCGACGGCAAGCCUUCCAUGGGGACCCAGCAGGCCUGCGCCGACCUGUCGAAGAUGUUUGUCUUUUUCUCCAAAAAGACCAACUCGAUUGCGGUCCGGGCCCGGUCUCUCGAGGUGGCCGAGAAGUUCACGGAGAGCGCAUCCGGGAGCGCCCUUCCCCUGCUGGAGGCAAGCUAUGAUCUGUGCCGAAACUAUGGAAUCCACAGGCUGCAAAAGAAUUUUUUGUAGCGCAAAACAACCGAAACACGUGCCAUCCAACCAUCGCUCCAUGGUUCUAUGUUGUAGCGCUGUUGCAGAGGCAAUCGAAUCAAUGCAUACGAAAUUGACGAWUGCUGUAAUGUGCAAUAGCAGAUUUUAAUGCACGGUUCUAUGUUGUAGCGCUGUUGCAGAGGCAAUCGAAUCAAUGCAUACGAAAUUGACGAAUGCUGUAAUGUUCAAUAGCAGAUUUUAAUGCAUGAGGUUCGCGUGGUACGUAUCGUUUCAAAAUAAAAUAAAAAUAGACUA